AUGCCUGGAAGCUUUCUAAGUGUUGCUGGGGAUUUGGGUAGUGUGUCAAAAACCACUGCAUGUAAAACCAUACGAAGAGUCAGUCUUGCAUUGGUUAAUUUAAGAGACCGUUAUACUUAUAUGCCUCAAAAUAAUAAGGAAACAUUAGAGCUGAAGAGCUGUAUAACGAAUUCCAGAUCAGGACCAGGAAUGUGGUUAAAAGCUAUGAUGUAUGGAAACGGAGUUUUAGCUAUUAGGAUAAGGUUAAAACUUGACACAGCACAGGCCAUCGUUGUAGCUAGUAAUAUGUCGAAGACCUUGACAAAAGAACAAAAAGUUGAAAAAAGAAGGCGGCAAAAAAGGCUAUUCAUGCAAAAGGGUAGAGCAAAUAUAUACAAUGAUCCAGAAAAACAUGAUGACUUAAAUAGAAAUCGAAGAGCCCAAUACAAGGAAAAAAAAGACAGUGGAGAAAUCAAAAAACAUAAACGAUUUAAGUACAAGAGCCCGAAGAGUAGUACCGGGAUAAAAAUAAACUGCAAAAACAAGCUAAGAAUUUCAUUGAUGCUACUACGCCACCAAAAAGUCCUACUGUAA